AUGGCUUAUCGAGGAAGAAAAACAAGUGAGAUUGACAAACUCCAGAAGGAGAACUCUAAGAUGAAGAGUGUCAUCGAAAACUUGAGGAAGCAAAACAUGGCUUUAAACCAACAGGGUGACCAGGACAAGUCUUCAAGUUUUGGCUAUCAGGAGAGCUACACAAUCCCAGAAGGCCAUCGUGGCUUCAUCAGUGACGCCAGACUUCGGCAGAUGCAGAGAGCUGAGAGAGAGGCCAUGGAAGCAAAGCAAAGGAAGAUAAGUGCUGUCCACGAGAAUUACGUCCGGACUGCUCUCGUCGGUGUUGGCAGCACCUUCGCGCACCACUUCAUCCCCACUAUGCAGUGCACUCUGCCCCCGAAAGCUCCGCUAAGGCCUUUGCCACGAAGGCUUGAACACAUAGCUCUGGCCCCACUGAAGAACGUGGUGGGGGUGGACGGAGCCCAAGUUCGACCCGGAUCUCACUCUCUGGAGUCCAUCCAGGUAAAGAAGUCAUUCAGCAGUAGUAGCGUGCAUCCUGUCCCCGACCCUUCCACUGGAGCUCCCUCCAAAAGGGGCAAGAAGAGGAAGGGCAGGCGGGGAGUCAAGGCCCUGAAAGUCCAUUCGGACCAGGGCUGUGCUGACAACAACGGACCCAUUGACCUGUUGGAGGAGGUGAGGGCCAUGGAGGCUCACCUGAAGGAGGAGGCCUGGAAGGUGGUACAUGCGGUGAAGGCCAUGGGCAGGAGAAGUUUGAGCCCGGUCAUGUCUAUGGGGGAAAUAGCCACCAGCUCUCUGGGAAGCCUGAGCUCAGUGGAUAUGAACACCCCUGAGGAGCUCCGUGACUACUUGAAUGUCGGGACCCUCGGUCACGCCGCGUGA